AUGACACGGGGUAACCAACGUGACAACGAUCGGGCCAAGGCCUUGAAGAAGGCGGGCAACUCGGUUCGUCUUAUCCCCCCCCCCCCGUUCCUACAGAAGAACAAGAACACCCAGACCGGUAGCGAAUUCGCUAAGAGCAAGGAUGAUGCCGCUGCCAUCAUGCGCGAGAAGCAAAGGAAGGCGGACGAAAAGAAAGCUGCCGAGGCUGCAGCAGGAGGCAAAAAGAAAUAA